UGCAGCCCCAACUUAUCUCGGCGUUUUACACCACACGAGUCAGUUACAAUUCUUGGAAGCCGCUCCGUUCAGGUACUUGAAUAGUCGUUACGAUCCCGACGUAACAAAGGGAAGAGAGAAUCACCCAUUGCACACCACCAUGAGCGGAAGCAAUCCCUUUCAGGAGGAAGAAGAUUCGAACCAACGCACCACGGAAUCCCGACAACCGCCACCGUCGCGCGUAUCUCCGUCCGACGUGAAACUAAAUAUAUCCGGAGCCGACUACGUCGUCAACCAGGCAGUCUUCCGCAAACUGCAAGCCUUGCCGUGGCGGUACGAGCCAAUCACGGAAGCCUGGAAUUUACACACGUCCCCGUACCUCUUUGAAAUUCUCCUACAGUACGUCACCUUUGGCGUCGUCCCCGACGCGUCCAGGCUUUGCUCGACGGAUCUGGAAGAACUCGUGCCCAUGACCAUGGUCUUGGGUUGGGACGACUUACAGAUGCAUCUCGAACAACGAAAGAAACCUCUCCUCUCCUCGAAACGACGUCUGUUGCGACGGGGCGGAAGUGGAGUCAAGGAUUGGGGAGAUCCGUCCCAAACCUCUCAAAGACCCACACCUCAGACUCACUCCACUUCUGGUGAAAGUACAAAUUUGUUCUCGAACAUGGCUGCCGCGUGGUGGCGUGGUAGCGCUGGACGAUCACGAGGACAACGACGUGCUGGAUCCGCGAACGGCCGAGGAUUGUCGCAGUGGAGCACCCACGCCGUUGAGUAG